AUGUACGUUUUCAGAACAAUCGGAUCCAUCGUUGAGUCGACGCUUCCUCGCGUGUCGAGUUCCGGCUCUUCAACAAGGGCGAACGGGCAGCAUGCGACGCUACUCAUACCCGAGAAAGCGCUGACCACGAAUGGGCGUCCACCGAACCUGCAACAGACUGCGCGCGCAUACGAUUCCUCCUGGAAAUGCUCAGCACUUGUUUGCAGGGGUCUAUGCAUAGCCCCACUGGUCUCCGUAUUCCAUAACUGCACCCAAAGUCCAAGCUCCCACGGAACCCUCUCGACACAACGAAGAUCACAGCGUCCAGCAGGAAAUCUUUCAUGCGGAACCCAACAGGAAGUUAUUCGGAACGGGACGGGUCCUAAGCGAACAUCGCCAGUGAGCUUGUGCGCACAGGCGAUGACGCUCGCCAUCGAUUUUUCGCACCGAGUACACUUCAUGUUCGGGGCAAGCGGCCUGGUCCCUGACUUGGCCCUGGUUGCAAGUCGACGAACGGUUUCGCCUCAGCUUCGUCCUAUAACGAGGCACCAAACUAGGCUCCGUGGUCGCGCACCGCCUCGCAGCGUGCGGUUGCGACCCUGCAAGCUCGCUGGCGGUGUCGGACGUGCCACGCUCUGCUCGUUAGGGGAACGUUCCGAAGCCGGUCAAUGUCUAAACACGACCGAUGCUUCUCCCUAUCCCUUUCACGAGCUCGCAAACUGGCUUUCCAAUCGAUACCCGCUCACAGAAGCCGUGCGUUAUACCGGUGCAGGCGUCCGCGUACGCGACGGACCCGCUUUGGACGCUGUUGUCGCCCGAGCCGCAGCUGUCGUCGCGCUGGUCGCUUCUUUUCGAAAGUGUGUACUGGGCCUGAUGAUAACUGCUUCCCACAACCCGUCAAGUGAGAACGGCGUCAAGGUUGUGCGCAGCGACGGGGGUCUGUUGCAAGCGCACCUCCAGGAUACGCCGCACCCCUUGCUGGGAGAGUUCUUCGCAGACCUGCUGCAGGAGACGCUGGCACCACCAACAGAUUCCGCGAAUAACGACUCUUUCGACGGAAUGAACGUGGAAACGCUGACGGUACCGAUUCAUGCACCGAGGGCUGUGGCUCUUGGUUCCCUGUUCCACCGCCUAGCGCAUCGAAUGCUUCAUGGCAGGGAACCGGCCGCCGCCGAGAAAACCGCGACUCUCCCGGGAGCGGCAGGCUCAAGCAUCGACGACAAGUCCGGGCGCGGUGGUGUCGUCAUCCUCGGCUACGACAAUCGUCCGAGUUCCGCUCGUCUCGCACAGGUAGCUUUAGAAGUCUUGCUACGAGCGACGCAGUGCUCGGGGGUGCGAAAUCUGGGCCUCACCACCACACCAUUCACGCAGUACGCAGUCUGGGCAUCGCAAAAUGGACGAUUGAGUACCUUUGAUGCCUAUGUCCACGAACGGCUCGUCAAAGGGUACCAUGCGCUUUGUCGAGCGCUGCAACGGGAUCCCGAGGUGACUGGAUCGGGCGCAGUCGACUCGACGACGAGACUUCGAGUUGAUUGCGCAUAUGGAUCAGCUUCGGUGGUGCUUGCGGAGGUAUCAUCGCUAUUAUCGUUUCCGCUGAGCACGACGCAUCGACAUGAGGAGUCGCAGGCCGUGAACGAGCGCUGCGGGGCUGAGUACAUCCACCAGCACGCUGGACACGGCGAUGACUUCCGUUGUCUCGUGUCGGGCGACCGCAUGGCGGCUCUGGACGGCGAUGCGGAUCGCCUGGUCUACUACGCAUCAUCCGAGCAGCGUUCAGCGGGUCGAACGAAAGAGGCAUCAUCGAUUUCAUCCAUCGUAGUCUACGACGGUGACUGGAUAGCGCUCUGUUUGGUUGCAUUCCUGCGCCGCUGCGUCCAGUUGCUCGUGGCGGCCCCGGAAACAACAACUACACCCAUACAAGUACUGCCCCGACUAUCGUUCGGCUGUGCGCUAACAGCUUACUGCAGACGUGUGUAUCGCGAGCGAAUCCGUGCGCUCUGCGAUGGCAACCUGGUGCUGGUGCCCACAGGCGCUCAGUACGGCCGCGAUAUCGUCGAGCGCUGCUUUAAUCUCGCCGUCUAUGCCGAGCCGAAUGGACAUGUUGGUUGUUACGUGGCACCUCUGGUGCAGCGUCAGCUCUACGAGUUGUUGUUGCGGGACGUGAGCACGCCCCUGACGCGGGAAGCGCGGUACGCUGCUGAAUGCAUCGUAUCGUUGGCGCGAUUGGCGAACCCCGCGGGCAGCGACGGCGUUGCCACCUUACUUACGAUGGAGGCGCUGCUUCGUACGGAGCCAGUCACGCAUUUAUUAGAACGUUUAGAGGUGUUUGCUUCGGCUGGACACAGCGAAGUGGUGAACGCGCAGCUCACAGAGCAUGACAUGGAAACACCGCUUCUGCGCCAGGCGAGUCGCUACGCCGCAGCAAACUGGCGCUACACUGCAGACGAAACUCGCGUCUUAGAUCCGGAAUGGGUGCAAACGGCCCUCAUCGAUGAGCAACUACAACGGAUUCAGCUGGAAUUUCCAGAUGUGUCGAUUGAGGACGCUGUGAGCGUGCUGGUACGUCCGUCGCGCACACAGCCGUUCUGGCGGAUACGCGUGGAAGUCAGUUCAACCGCCCUGGAGGGUGAGGUCGCCAAAACGCUCGCCCGUCGGCUAGAAAGGCUGCUGCGGUCGCGGCUUCGACAAAUCUUGGAGCAGGUGGCCACGUCGCUGUCAGAGAAUGAACUCCGACACCUUGAAAGUGGUUCAUUCGGCAUUCGCCUGGCGGAAACCUCGAGAUUGGGCGAUUUGGAAGUAGCUGGUGCGCUUUUGGCUGAGGCAGACGCUGGCGAGUUGGGGCCAGCAUCCGCCUGGCAAGCGCAACUCCAAAGUGCUGCUGUGGUCGGUAUCGUGCUCGCCGCGGGACGAGGUACUCGGUUCCGCGCUGCGUACCCCAAGGUCGUGCAUUCGUUCUGUGGCAAACCCAUGCUUCGACAUGUGGUGGAGACGCUCCACACCAUGGGAAUACCGACUGUCGUGGUCGGCAACGAGUCUGUCGAAGGCGCUAUCCGAACAGCGCUUGACGCGCUCCCGUACCUCCUGGUUCGCCAGAGCCAGCCGCUCGGGACCGGCCACGCCCUCUAUGCGGCCCUGUGCUCGACGCUUUCGACGUUCUCCGGUGACAUACUCGUGCUCUACGGCGAUAAUCCAGGGGUAGAUUCUGCGAUUCUGGAACCACUGCUAGAUCAACGAAGCCGUCAGCGUGAGGCAGCGGCCCAUCCAAACGGGCCAUCGCAGACGUUCGGCGUCAUUUUGAGCGGAUGCUAUACGUCCAGAGACGCGGGCGCCUAUGGACGCGUUGUUCGCGACGCCCAGAGCGGCGCCCUGCGCGCCAUUGUGGAGUAUCGCGAGGCCCUGCAGCGACCAGACGGCGCCCAGAUCCUGGCCAUUCGAGAAUUCUACUCCGGCAUCAUGGUGGUGGAUCGUGCGCUUUCGAUGCAGCUCCUUGCAGCGUCGCUACCGCAUCGAGUCGACAAAGGCAACCAGCGGGUGCGCAGUUCGAGUCCUGUACCUGAGCGCUUCGAAUACUACGCCACUGAUCUCGUUCAGAUGGCAGUGGACUGUGGCUAUGACGUCGAUGUUUAUUGUGUUCGUGAAGAAAGCGGUCUUCUCUGGCGUCUAGAGGGCGUGAACACCGUAGCGGAGCUUGAAGCGCUCGAGCAGAUGGCUUCUUCUCCGCCGCGCGGCAACAAUGGGGCAGCGAUGCCGCCCACUCGAACGCAUUCCUAG